AUGGAUCCCACAGCUUAUGCUGAGCUGUUGAAAGAAUCUGGCAACCAGGUUUUUAAGAAUGGGAAUUUCUCUCUGGCCAUCAGAAAGUAUGAUGAAGCCAUCCAGAUUCUCCUGCAGUUAUACCAGUGGGGGGUUCCCCCGAGGGACUUGGCUGUGCUGUUGUGCAACAAAUCCAAUGCGUUCUACAGCCUUGGGAAAUGGAAUGAGGCAUUUGUCGCUGCCAAGGAAUGUCUCCAGUGGGAUCCAACCUAUGUGAAGGGAUACUACCGAGCUGGCUAUUCCUUACUGCGGUUGCUCCAGCCUUAUGAAGCCACUCGCAUGUUUUUUGAGGGUCUGCAACUUCUGCAGGGCAGCCAAGACCAAGCACAGGUUGCUGAUUUCCUUGUUGGGGUCUUCACCACUGUGAGCAGUGACUCCAUUGUUUUGCAAAGUUUCUUGCCCUGCUUUGAUCAUAUUUUUACUACUGGAUUCUCAACAGAAGUCUGGCAGUCUGUAAUAGAAAAGUUGGCAAAGAAAGGAUUAUGGCAUUCAUUUCUACUUCUGUCAGCGAAAAAAGACCGACUGCCAAGAAAUAUCCAUGUCCCAGAGUUAUCAAUGAAAAGUCUUUUUGAGAAAUAUGUCUUCAUUGGACUUUAUGAGAAAAUGGAACAGGUGCCCAAGUUAGUCCAGUGGCUCAUUUCCAUUGGUGCAAGUAUUGAGACUAUAGGACCAUACCCUCUUCAUGCCCUCAUGCGACUCUGUAUCCAAGCAAGGGAAAACCAUCUUUUUAGGUGGUUAAUGGACCACAAGCCUGAGUGGAAAGGCCGCAUCAACCAGAAGGAUGAGAAUGGCUGCACUGUCCUGCACAUGGUCUCCGCCCACACCCCAGGGUACCUCAUCAAGCGACAAACAGAGGAUGUGCAGAUGCUCCUGCGCUUUGGAGCAGACCCCACUCUGCUGGAUCGACAAUCUCGGUCUGCUGUAGAUGUCCUGAAGAGGAAUAAGAACUUCAAAGCCAUCGAGAAAAUCAACAGUCACUUGGAAAAGCUGGCUACGUGUUCUAAGGACUUAUCAGGACUCAGCAAUGGUGAUGGAUCUGCUAGUGAGAGUGACAAUUUCCGGAAGGCCUCUGAACAGCUGGUGAAAUACAUGAACUCAGGAAACCAGUUAUUGCCUAAAAACUUUCUGAAGCAGGAAGUAGUUCAGAAGUUCUUGCGUCUCCUUUCUUCUCUUCAAGAAAUUCCUCCGGACCUGGUCUGUGACAUUAAUCAAGACCGUGCCAACACCUUCAUCAAAUUCUUACUGGAAAAGCAGAAAUGGCCUGAAGUGCUUCUGCUGCUGACCCGCAAAGUGAGUGGGGAGCCACCGCUUGGAGAUUGCCUCAUCAAAGCCUGCAACUUCUCAGACCUUGACAUUUGUACCAUCAUCCCCCACCUCAGCACCUGGGACCAGCGCAAGACACAGCUCCUAGGCCUCCUGAUAGACAGUGGAGCCUUGCCUGAGGGUCUCCAGGAGAGCCAGGAGAGGCCACUUGUCAUGUGCUUGAAACAUGAGGACUUCGAGUUGGCUUUUCUUCUCUUGACCAAGGGUGCAGACCCCCAUGGUAUUUCUCUCACUGAAGGUGAUACUCCUUUGCAUGCAGCACUUCACAUCUUUCUAGAUAUCAAAGCUGACAUUGGUUUCAACUUCCUCAGCCACCUGUUGGAUCUGUUCUGGUCCAACCCCACCAAAUUUUCCUACCUCAAUCCCAACAUCCAGGACAGCAAUGGGAACACCCUGAUGCACAUCCUCUUCCAGAAGGGCAUGCUGAAGCGCAUGAAGAAGCUGAUAGACCUGCUGGUGAAGUUUGACAUCAACUUCAACCUGAAGAACAAAGAAGGCAAAGAUGUACGACACCGGAUUAAGAAGACCGACACUCUGCUCUUGGCCUGGAACAAAGCUCUGACUGAGAGCAGGCGGAGGAGCCGGCAGGACUCUGCUGCCCACCCGGGGAAGCUUCCGAGGUCCACUGCCCCUAGUCAUACAUCUCAACUCAAGUCUCAGGGUUCAUUUAAGUCACUGUCAUGUGGUGUCACUGCCAGAACCCUGUCUGAAGGAACCAAGGUCCCUGACAGUUGGGAAACUCUCCCGGAAGCUCAAGUGGGCAGGCAGGAAUCUGGAACUAUUGGGCCAUGCUCUCAGAGAGAAUGCCUUGUGCAGGACAUCAUGGUUUUGAUUCAGCAGGUUGAAUUGGAUAUAUCUUUCCCAGAAGACACUCAGUGCUCUGAGCCUCUGGAGGUAGGAGCUGGCAUGAAAGGAAAGAAAGACAAGCUCCAGCGAAUCUUGAGGGCUGGGGGCUCUGAUUGUAGUGGGAACAAUCCUGCUGCCCCUGAGGCAGGAGAAGGACAUGCCCAAACAGGCCCUGGAGCCUCACAGCUCAUUCCUGCUGGUAACAGAGUAAGGGAGGGCAGCGAUGAUCAAGACAACUGGAGCAUGCAGGAGAUUGAGUCCUGCUUCCAGGACUUUGAUAACAUGACCUGGGAGAUUGAAUGCACUUCAGAAAUGCUGAAGAAGCUGUCCAGUAAGGUAAUGACCAAGGUCAUAAAGAAGAAAAUUAUUCUUGCCAUCCAACAGCUGGGGAAUGGUGAGUGGACACAGGGCCUGCAAAAGCGACUGAAGCACCUGAAAGGAAGCAUCCAGCUCUUCGAAGCUAAGCUGGACAAAGGAGCCCGGAUGCUGUGGGAGCUUGCCAUUGACUUCUCCCCUCGAUGCAGUGAGAACCCUGAGAAGAUCAUUGCUGCAGAGCGGAACAUAUACUCCGUGGAGAAAUCAGGGCGGGUCUACACAGAAAUUAUCCGGAUCUGGGACAUUGUCUUAGAUCACUGCAAACUGUCAGAUUCCAUCAGGGCCAUCUGCAGUGCCUACAACCGGGGCUUAUCCUGUGUCCUGCGGAAGAAGCUGAAGGGUAUCAACAAAAGCCAGGUGUCAACUAACAUGAAAAUCCAAAAGCGCAUACCCUGCUGCUAUGUGGAGGACACAGAUGCAGAGAAGAGCAGGGAGCAUGUAGAUCCCGAGUACUUCCCUCCAGCCAGUGCGGUGGAGACGGAGUAUAACAUCAUGAAGUUCCACAGCUUCAGCACCAACAUGGCUUUCAACAUCCUCAAUGACAUGACGGCGACGGUGGAGUACCCUUUCCGGGUGGGCGAGCUUGAGUAUGCAGUUAUUGACCUCAAUCCCAGGCCGCUGGAGCCCAUCAUCCUCAUUGGGCGGAGUGGCACUGGGAAGACGACCUGCUGCUUGUACAGGCUGUGGAAGAAAUUCCAUGUUUACUGGGAAAAAGCCGAGCAGGCAGGAAGCCCGUUGCUGGCUAAACAGAUCUGGCCAAAGAGAAGGUUGGAAGUGGAACCUGGAAAAGAGGGUUCAGGUAGGGAGGAAGAGGAGGUGGAGCAAGAGGAAGAUGAAGAGGAAGAUUCUGUUGAAGUGGAAACAGCAGACAGCAUCGAUGAGGAGCAGGAGAGUGAAGCCUGUGGAGGGGGAGCUGGUGCGGAGCCAGCGGGGCACAGCCAUGCAGCCGAAGUGUAUGUGUCAGAACAUUCCCACCAGCUGGAACAUUUACAUCAGAUCUUUGUGACCAAGAACCAUGUCCUGUGCCAGGAAGUACAAAGGAAUUUCAUUGAGCUUUCCAAGUCUGCCAAGGCUACCAGUCACUACAAACCACUAGAACCCAGUGUUCACAAACUCCAGGACCUGAGGGACGAGAACUUUCCUCUGUUUGUCACUUCCAAACAGCUGCUCCUCCUGCUUGAUGCUUCUCUGCCCAAACCAUUUUUUCUGAGAAAUGAAGAUGGAAGCUUGAAAAGAACCAUUGUGGGAUGGUCCACGCAGGAAGAGUUGACAAUGCCCAAUUGGCAAGAGGACGAGGAGGAGGCUGAGGUGGACGGGGAUUACAGUGAGGAGGAUAAAGCUGCAGAAAUGCGUACAGGUGACAGUGACCCCCGGGUGUAUGUGACGUUUGAGGUGUUCACCAAUGAGAUAUGGCCUAAAAUGACUAAAGGGAAAACCUCCUACAACCCUGCACUGAUUUGGAAAGAAAUAAAAUCUUUUCUGAAGGGUUCUAUUGAGGCCCUCAGUUGUCCUUAUGGGAGACUCACUGAAGAAGCAUAUAAGAAAUUAGGGAGGAAACGGUCCCCCAAUUUCAAAGAAGACCGGAGUGAGAUCUAUAGCCUCUUCUGUCUAUAUCAACAGAUCAGGUCCCAGAAAGGUUAUUUUGAUGAGGAGGAUGUUCUGUACAACCUGUCCCAGAGGCUUUCAAAGCUCAGGGUGCUCCCAUGGUCCAUCCAUGAGCUCUAUGGCGAUGAGAUUCAGGACUUCACCCAAGCCGAGUUGGCACUGCUGAUGAAAUGCAUCAAUGACCCCAAUGCCAUGUUCCUCACUGGGGACACAGCCCAGAGCAUCAUGAAGGGGGUGGCCUUCCGCUUUAGUGAUCUGCGCUCUCUGUUCCACUAUGCCAGCAGAAACACCACAGACAAGCAGUAUGCUGUCCGGAACCCCAAGAAGAUCCACCAUCUGUACCAGAAUUACAGGUCCCACUCGGGAAUUCUCAAUCUGGCAUCUGGAGUGGUAGACUUACUUCAGUUCUAUUUCCCGGAAUCUUUUGAUCGCCUUCCAAGGGAUUCUGGCCUCUUUGAUGGUCCCAAGCCAACUGUCCUAGAGUCUUGUAGUGUAAGCGACUUGGCAAUUUUGCUACGAGGGAACAAAAGGAAAACCCAGCCCAUUGAAUUUGGAGCCCACCAGGUAAUCCUUGUAGCCAAUGAAAUGGCAAAGGAGAAAAUUCCAGAAGAGCUUGGUUUAGCACUUGUGCUAACAGUUUAUGAAGCAAAAGGCUUAGAAUUUGAUGAUGUACUCCUUUACAACUUUUUUACUGAUUCCGAGGCUUAUAAAGAAUGGAAGAUCAUCUCUUCAUUCACACCUUCAUCAUCUGACUCCAGAGAGGAUACCUGGCCAUUGGUUGAAGUGCCCCUGGAGAAGCCAAGCUCUUCUCAGGGUCGGUCUCUCAUGGUGAAUCCAGAAAUGUACAAGCUUCUCAAUGGAGAGCUGAAGCAGCUGUACACUGCCAUCACACGGGCUCGGGUCAACCUCUGGAUCUUUGAUGAAAACCGAGAGAAACGGGCUCCUGCUUUCAAAUAUUUCAUUAGAGGAGAUUUUGUCCAAGUGGUGAAGACAGAUGAAAACAAAGACUUUGAUGAUAGCAUGUUUGUUAAGACCUCAACUCCUGAGGAGUGGAUUGCACAAGGAGAAUACUACGCCAAGCACCAGUGCUGGAAGGUUGCAGCCAAGUGUUACCAAAAGGGAGGUGCCUUUGAAAAGGAGAAAUUGGCCCUGGCCCACAACACUGCUCUGAACAUGAAAUCCAAGAAAGUCAGCCCCAAGGAAAAGCAGUUGGAGUAUUUGGAACUGGCUAAGACCUAUUUGGAGUGCAAUGAGCCAAAGCUGUCCCUUAAGUGUCUGAGCUACGCCAAGGAGUUCCAGCUCUCUGCCCAGCUAUGUGAGAGGCUGGGCAAGAUAAGAGAUGCUGCCUAUUUCUAUAAACGAAGCCAGUGCUACAAGGAUGCUUUCAGAUGCUUUGAGCAGAUUCAGGAGUUUGAUCUAGCUCUCAAAAUGUACUGCCAAGAGGAGCUUUUUGAAGAAGCUGCUAUUGCAGUGGAAAAAUAUGAAGAAAUGCUAAAGACCAAGACCCUUCCCAUUUCUAAGCUCUCCUAUUCUGCCAGUCAGUUUUACUUGGAAGCCGCAGCAAAGUACCUGAGUGCAAAUAAGAUCAAAGAAAUGAUGGCUGUCCUCUCAAAGCUAGACAUAGAAGACCAGCUGGUGUUCCUGAAGUCUCGGAAAUGCAUAGCAGAAGCUGCAGACCUGCUGAACAGGGAAGGUCGACGAGAAGAGGCUGCCCUGUUGAUGAAGCAACACGGCUGCCUCCUGGAGGCUGCCAGGCUCACUGCCGACAAGGACUUCCAGGCCUCAUGUCUGCUCGGGGCUGCCCGCCUCAACGUGGCCAGGGAUUCCGACAUAGAACAUACCAAGGCCAUUCUGAGAGAAGCACUUGAUCUCUGCUAUCAAACCAGCCAGUUGCCUGGCAUUGCCGAGGCCCACUUCCUGCAGGGGGUAAUCCUGAGAGACUUUCAGAAGCUCAAGGAUGCCUUCCUCAAGUUUGACACACUCAACCACUCAGCUGGAGUGGUGGAAGCGCUCUAUGAAGCAGCCAGCCAGUGUGAGGCUGAGCCUGAGAAGGUUCUGGCCUUGGCUCCAGGGGGCUUGGAAGUCCUCCUCAAUCUUGUCCGGGCCCUCAAAAGAGUGACUAACAAUGCUGAGAAAGAAAUGGUCAAGUCUUGCUUUGAGUUUUUUGGGAUUUCCCAGGUGGAUGCCAAGUAUUGCCAGAUAGCUCAGAAUGACCCUGGACCCAUAUUAAGAAUAAUUGUUGACUUGGAUUUGAACUUGAGAGAAAAGAAAACAAAAGACCAUUUCUUGGUAAUGACCGACCAGGUGAAAUUAGCCCUAAACAAACACCUUCUGAAUAGGCUGUGUCAGAUCACACAAAGCCUGUUUGGGAAGACCUACCCAGGGGUCUGCAUGAGAUUUAUUGUAGGCUUAAAAUGUGAUGAUGAAAACUGUGAAGACUUUCACAGGCCUCUGCGGCGUUGUGAGGCCAAGUGUUUGGUUCAGUCGAAAAUGCACCUGGUGGCAAUCAACGGAUUGCUUUUGGAAGCCAAAAAAGUAUUCCCUAAAAUCUUAGCUGAAGAACUUGAAGAAAUUGAUUAUAUUUUAUCGACAGAUAUGUACGGUCUUUGCAAAUCCUUUCUGAAUGUCCUCUUCCCUAAGCAUUUCCAUCAGAGAGUGUUGUCAGAAAACCCCAUGGCAUGCAAAGAAAUUCUCAAACCAAAUUACAAAUCCUUCCGAUUCUACAGGUUUGCUUUGAAAGAGUACAUCCACUUUCUGUUUCAAAAUGAAAGGGCACGCACCCGCCGGGAAUCCACAGACCUGUGGCUGAGUGCCAUGCAGGCUUUUCUUCUCUCCUCCAACUACCCGGAGGAGUUUGAAAAGCUGCUCCACCAGGAGGAAGACAACUACAACAGGGAACUCAAAGCUCUAGAGUCUGAAAAAGAGGAAAGGGGCAGUGGGAGAGGCAGCAAGAUGAAAGGAAUAGAAGGGAAAUUUGGUAUGCUGGUGCCCAACAAAGAUGAUGAGAGUAUGGAAAAGACCCACCUGUGCUUCAUCCGGCUGCUAGAGAAUUGCAUUGACCAGUUCUAUGUGUACAGGAACCCAGAAGACUACAAGAGGCUCUUUUUCCGUUUCAUGAAUGUCCUUGUCAAGAGGUGCAAAGAACCGCUCAUCCCCAGCAUUGGAAGCACAGUGGCCCUGCUGGAGUUCCAGUUUGUCCACUGCGGGGUGGUGCUGGCCCGCCUCUGGAAGAACGCCAUCCUGUGCCUCCCCAAGAGCUACAUUGCUCUCUUGCACUACUGGGAGUUCCUGUUCAGCAGGAAGGACAAGGAGCUUGGGGAUGUGUUCUCCAUCAUUCAAGAAUACAAACCGAAAGACGUGACAAGAGCUAUUCAGGAUUUCCGGUUCCACCUCUCCUACCUUGUCAAGGUGCUAUGUGGCUAUGAGAAUGUGAACUUCAAUGUCCUGCUUGAUGCCUUCAGUGAAAUAGAUUAUGUGGUCUCAGGUGAGGCUGAGAGGACACUGGUGCUGUGCCUGGUGAUGCUAGUGAAUGCCAAGGAAGUCCUGCAGCCAUACUGCAAGCCUCUUCUCUACCGCCACUUCCAGGAGCUCGAGACCAGGCUGCAGCUCAUGAGCAUGGACUCCCCCAACCAGGUUCCCGAGAGGCUCCUGAAGGUGGUGAGGCGGGUGUUGAUGGCAGCCAACGUGAAGUCCGUGGCUGAGGCGCUACAGGACCUGCUCUUUGAGCGGGAUGAAGAGUACCUGAUGGACUGCCACUGGCGAUGGGACAGUGUGCACACCAAGGGGUCUGUGGUCCGUGGCCUCUAUCAUGAGGAGGUCAAACUAAACCGCUUGAUCUGUGUGGACCCUGUGGACCACUUUGCUGAACCUGAGUGUGAGUUUGGUCAGGAAGAGACAGAUGAGCUGGCAUUAGAAGAACGAGACCACCUCCUGGCCGCCAUUCUUUCCCAAAAGCAGCGGAAGGCUUCUAUCCAGCGGAAGCUGAGGAGAGCAUGCCUGGUGGUGUCUCUGUGCAUCAGCUGGAGGAGAAGAGUGAGCACGCAGGUGGAGCACCUCAGGGAGGAGGCCCGAGAACCUGGGGCUGGAAACUUCAAAAAGGCUGAUGUGGACAGGACCCAGUGCGACCUGUGUGGAGUGAAGUUCACCCGCAGCCCUGAGAGCUAUUUCAGCCCCAGCAAAACAUUUGAGGGAGCUGCUUCAGAGGCUGUGGUCCUUUUCAGGGCUGAGCUGGAAGGGAAGGAGUGCCUGGAGAGGAACAGCGAAUCUUAUGAGCAGCACAUCUGCCUAGACAGCCACCAGAGGCAGCAAGUGGCCUAUCAGAAAUACUCGGAAUUUUUCCAUGAGAAGGUGGACCCAGCCAUUGACGAAGGAAAGCUGGUGGUGCAGGACAUCGAGCAGAGCAUGUGGAUCCGUAGUCACCUAGGCUCUGAAGAGCACAGCCACAUGCUGCAGAGGAAAGUCCAGGAGCACAUCAAGAGAGUUUUGGAUAUGGUGGAGGACCUCUACAGGCGGAAGGCCUGGGCUGGCGCAGAGGCAGCGAUGACUCGGCUGGUCAACAUUCUGAUCCUGUCGGUCAGGGAUGCACGGGAGUGGUUGAUGAAAACAGAGCUCCGCUUAAAGGAGGAAGGUAUCGUUCAAGAAGACAAUUACGAAAAUGAAGUUGAAGACUUUGGUGAACUCCGUCCUAGAAAGCGUUCGCGGAAAUGUGGAAAGCAGAGAAAAUACUAAUGUCCAUACAGCUGCCGGCUCCUAAACCUUCAGAACAUUCCAUCCUGACUUAGAAUUCUGAGUGCUGGGGCAAAAGAGGAAAAAAUGUGAAUUAGCAUUGAAAAAAAAUGUAGGGGAGUCUAAAGACACCUUUGCUUUUUGUUCUUGUUAUUUCUCUUUCAGUGGAAGCUUAGGGUCUAAUUGUUCUCUCACCUGAAGGGACCUUGGGACUCCUAACCCAAGCCCCCAGGGUCUAUGGCUCAUCCCCAUCAUGACAUACAUGAGUCAAUAGUAGGGGACUAGGUGUUUAAGACAGACACCCCUCACCUCAGUUGCAGCUGCUCUGGGCCAGAAAAUCCCUCUACGGAGUCCCUCAUCUCCUGCCUCACUGCUGCAACCUCAAGUUGUACAAGAGCUGUGUGUGCCCAGGGUCCAUCCCUACCACCGGCCACCCCUGAGCCCAGGCCAUGUUCUAGUCAUCUCUGGGCCCACUUAUAGCAUCGUUCCUAUGUUACACAUGUUAGCCUUUUCUCUCUGUGGCAACUUUUCUGCCUUCCCUCCCUCCAUUUUUUGUGACUAUUCUCAGCUACUUGUGCAAGUCACAGUUAGACUACUUCAGAAUGUAGUCCAUAAUUCACCCAGGGUCCUUUGGACAUCCUUUCCCUAGAGGGAAAGGCUAGGAAAUGUUGCUGGGGGCAUUCCUGACCUGCUUCUCCAAGGUGGUCCUAACUUUGCCUUGGCCAUGGUGCAGACACACUGAAAAGUGUUUUGUUUGUAGCCCUAUACAUCUAGUUUUCUUGGUUCUCUCUGGCAAGUUUGCUACCCUAGUUUAGGUUGACAUUCUGAUGAGUUCCCACCCACUGAGCUCACCACAGAGGGACGGUGACCUGCAGAGCUAUAGGCUAGGAACAAGUGGACAGAGGAAGAAGCCAGCCUUACAAUGCCAAUCCGUUGGGAUUUGGCUGUGAAUCACUGCCACGUGGCUGGUAGGCCCUGUAAGAGGGCGGAGGAUGGGCCUGUUUGAGGAGGCUGUUGCUUCCCGCCCCUCCACCCCACUGAGCCAGCAGCUGCCAGUAUGGUCCCAUUUGAGAAGGCUUCAUGCCUCUGAUGGCUCCUGCCCACCCUUACCCCACCCCUCAGCUAAGCCUGGUGAGAAAGGUCAGGUUCACCUUGGUCUUUGGUUGUUUUUUCCUUAGAACAGAACCAGCUUUUUCUCAUGUUGCUGCUGCUUUUGCUGCUCAUUGCUUUCUCCUUAUUGUCUUUCUAAAUGACUCUGUUUCCUUGAACUGUUUACGUUUUUAAUUUUUAUUAGGUUAGGUUUAUUAGGUUUCUAAUUUUUAUUCCAGGUAUUUUUUAUAAACUUUACUUGCCAGGGGAAAAAAAAGAAAGAGAAAAAACCAAUCAAAUCUUGCUGUAUUAUCACAUUUUUAUAAAGUUCAAUCAUUUCUCUUAA